AUGUCUAGGUUUUUCCGUGGUGGAGAGGACUCCUCUAGCGACAGCUCCUCCGACGAGGAAGAGCUCUACUCCGAGGAGGAGGAGCAGCAGGACAUUGAGCAGAAUGAUUCCGACGAUUCCGACGACAUGGAUGACUCUGACGACUCGGAUGAAUCGUCCAGCGACGAUGAGGCCGGCGGUGCCAAUCGUUUCCUGAGGGACGCCGCCUCGGAUAGCGACAGUGAAGAGGAGGAAGUCAGGGCUAAAGUCAAGAGUGCCAAGGACAAGCGCCUUGACGAACUAGAAGCCUCGAUUAAACAGAUUGAGAAUGGGCAGAAAAACGGCGACUGGACACUAAUCUCUGCUGAGUUCGAUAAACUUGGUCGGCAGGUUGCUCGCAUGCAGGAUAGCGGAAAGACGCCGAAGCCUUACAUUCGAAUCAUUGCCGAGUUGGAAGAUUUCAUGAACGAGACUCUGGCCAAGCAAAAGGUCACUCCCAAGAAGAUGAACGCCACCCAAGCCCGUGGUCUGAACGCCGUGAAGCAAAAGAUGAAGAAGACCAGCAAGGAGUAUCAAACAGGAAUCGAAGCUUACAGGGCUGACAAGGAGGGCUUCAUGGAGUCGGACGACGAGGAGAUUGUGCCCGUGGUCAAGCCGAAGAAGGUGGCCAAGUUUGUCGACGAUGUUGCUGAACCCGAGGAUCUGACCGGUGAGGAUGGCUUUGCCACCGUCGGCAAGGGAGGCCGCACUCUGCAGUACACUCCGGAGAGCAUCUUCAAACACCUUCGUGGCAUCAUGGAGUCUCGUGGCAAGAAGAACACGGACCGGAUCGAACAGAUCAAGGUGAUGGAGAAGCUAGGCGAGAUUGCCAACACUCCCUACCAGCAGAUCCGGGUGCUUCUUGCCAUCGUUUCAGCUCGGUUCGAUCUGAGUGCCGGCACCUCCAAUGUUAUGCCUCUGGAACACUGGAAGGCGGCUGAAAAGGAGUUGUCUACUCUGUUGGCUGUGCUUGAGAGCAACAAAGAUUACGUCGUGGUUGAAAACGUGGAGGAGUGGGAUGAUGACGAGAAGCCUCCCAGCCUCCAGCCUGGCGAAAAGUACAUCAAGGUUGCUGGUAGCGUUGUGUCGUAUGUGGAGAGGCUCGACGACGAGCUCGUUCGGUCUCUUCAAAGCAUCGAUCCCCACACUUCCGAGUACAUUGAGCGUCUGCAGGACGAGGGUGCUCUGUACAACAUCAUCUUCCGCGGCCAGCUGUACUAUGAGCACCUCCGUAAGGACUCGUCCUUGGAAAUUCCCCAGGACAGCGUAAACCGGGUUGUCAUGCGACGUCUUGAGCACGUCUAUUUCAAGCCUGCCCAGGUCAUCAAUACCUUUGAGGAGAACUGCUGGAAAGCUGCUGGCGACAAGGUCGAGUCCGAAACCACACCCCGAAGCGAGGCGCAGGAUGCGAACAACCUGGUCAACGUCCUGUGCAACUAUCUGUUCAGCAACAGCGACGGCAUCAUCCGUGCGCGCGCCAUGUUGUGCCAGGUCUACUUCCUGGCGCUCCAUGGCGAGUACUACAAAGCUCGCGACAUGAUGCUCAUGUCCCACCUGCAAGACACGAUACCGAAUUUCGACGUUCAGACGCAGAUUCUGUACAACAGAACCUUGGUCCAGGUUGGGCUCUGCGCAUUCCGCAAGGGCCUGGUCUACGAUGCGCAAAACACGCUCCAGGAGAUUUGCGGCUCUGGCCGUCAAAAGGAGCUGCUGGCGCAGGGCGUCAUGAUGCAAAGAUAUAACCAGGUGUCCCCGGAACAGGAGCGCCUCGAGAAACAGCGGCAGCUGCCUUUCCACAUGCACAUCAACCUGGAGCUGCUGGAAUGCGUAUACCUGACGUGCAGCAUGCUUCUGGAGAUUCCGCUGAUGGCGCAGACGGGCUCGUCCCCGGACGUCAAGAAGCGCGUCAUCAGCAAGACGUACAGGCGGAUGCUCGAGUACCACGAGAGGCAAAUCUUCACGGGCCCUCCCGAGAACACGCGAGACCACGUGAUGCAGGCGUCCAAGGCCCUCGCUGCGGGCGAGUGGAAGAAGUCGACCGUCUUCAUCCACAGCAUCAAGAUUUGGGAGCUGAUGCCCAACGCCGAGGAGAUCAAGGUGAUGCUCUCGAAGCAGAUCCAGGAGGAAGGGCUCCGCACGUACCUGUUCACGUACGCUCCUUUCUACGACACGCUGGCGCUCGAGACGCUCAGCUCCAUGUUUGAGCUGGACGGCACCAAGGUUGCCGCGAUUGUCAGCAAGAUGAUCAGCCACGAAGAGCUGGCCGCUUCGCUCGACCAGGUCACCAACAACGUCAUCUUCCGCAAGGGCGUGGAGCUGAGCCGCCUGCAGUCCCUGGCACUGAUGCUGUCCGACAAGGCCAGCGCCCUCAUCGAGACCAACGAGCGAACGCUGGAACAGCGGACCCAAGGCACAUCCAACGCGUUCGAGCGACAGGGCGGACGUGGUCGAGGCGGCCAACGAGGCGGUCAGCGCGGUGGGCGCGGCGGCGGGCGCGGCGGCGGCAAUCCCCAGCGACAAGCUGGCGGUACGCAAUUCACCGGAGGUGCGCUGGGAGCGGCCGUUCGAGGGUAG